AUGGACGGUCACGACCGACCCCAUAUGCUCGACAACAUCCACCAUCCGUCUGUCCUGCAUAAGUGCCUUUCAGACUUCACCAACCACAUGGUCAACUCCGUGCGAAGUACUUCGUGUGCCAUCUGCGACCGGAACUGCAAAAGCAUGGAUUGCAAGUUGGUCGCCGCCAAGGACUUGCCGCACAAGGACAUUCUCAAGGCAGAUGACAAGCUUCUCGCAUGCAGCGCCGUCCGUGGUACUUUUUUCAACUACCCUGGCGACAAUUCCUUUCCGAAACUUCUCGACGGGCUUGUUCUUGAGCGGUUGGGAUUCGAGUCGACGUCCCCCUACCGCAUGCAGGUGUGUAAGGAAUGCCUACAAAGCCUGUUGAAGGAACGGAUUCCGGAGGCGGCCCUUGCCAAUGGUCUUUGGCUUGGCGACUUCCCCGAACACUUGCGAUCCGCUACGUUCGUUGAAAUGAUAGCAGCAAGCCCAGUUCGGGUUAGUGGCAUGGUUCUUGCGCUGGACGAGUUGAAGACGGGGAGUGUGAGUGGUUCUGCCAAGAGUCAAAUGCGCGGCACGUUCACGUUCUACAUGCAAGACGCGUACGGUGUGCAGUUGUGGCUUCCUGCCUGCGACACCGACAUCGCAGGGUCGUUCACUUGCGCUCUUGUCGGGUGCAAGCCAAAUCUUGCGCAGCUGCGGCGAUUGCUUGGCGCACGACGCCAAAUGGUGCAGGAUUUACUGGACUUUCAGCUGGACAGAGACAACCGCUUAGUAGGUCAACACACCUUAGCUCGUCAAGCUCAGCUAGCACCGGAAAACCUUGACGGCUACAGCAACGACGGGUCUAUCCCUAAAGCUGUGCUGGACGCCAUUCUCCCAGUUAAGGACAGCACCAAAGCCUACUCUAACGCCAGAUCAACGCAUGCCCAUGGUAACCGCGAGGACGACCCGACACCGGACGGUGGACUAGAGAGCACGAAUGACGGCCCGACAGCCCCUUUCGUGAUCGAAACCAACGCCGUCGUUGACACCGGCGAUGACCUUGCGGUUGCCGGCGCAUGCAAGCCAAACCGGCUAAGAGAUGUUGGUCGCGCCAUGCAAACUGCCUCUGGCGGUCCAUCCCUGGCGCAAGCCGCUGCUGCACAAGCUGCCGUUCUAGCGGGUAGGCCUUCUCCACUUGGAACCGACAAUGCUUUGGUGCUCACACACUCCGGGCGCAUGGUUUCGGACUUCAAGAACGCCGGGCUGUUCGCGGGUGCGUACUUCGACCUAUUCCCGCACGGUGUCGGAGGACAUUUGGACAGGCGUCCGAGACCUCUCACCCUCAAGAAAUGGGCGCAAAUUCUUGUUCGACGGCGUGAUGCGCGGUUCAGAAAAAGCCGCACCUUUCUUUACUGCGUAUGCGCGCUUAUCUUUCGAAGGGAGGCGAUAGAGAACGCCCGUUGGAAGUUGACCGGGAGAAUUUCUCCGGCAGACUCUCGCACGCUGGCGGCAGUUACUCCGGAGGACCUCGCUGAUGCUGCAGCAGCAAUGGAAAACGGCCGUGGCAAUGGUUCGGUCUUGUCUGACCGGGCCGGGAUUGCGGCUCUCAUCAAAACCAUGGAGUCAGUCCAUCCCGGGGCGUCUUGGACCCCCCACAACAAGAGGUCUACACGGAUGAUUGCUAUUUCCUACAUUAUGCAAAUGGGCCAGCCUCUCAUUUGGAUGACGAUCAACCCCGCCGACAUCAACAGCCCAAUUGUUGUCAAAAUGUGCGGGGUCGACAUUGAUGUGUCGAGCAAGCUCAAGGUAAACUUUCCGGACUACGUCGACAAGCUCAGAUUGGUUGCGAACGACCCGGUCGCCUCGGUUGAUUUCUUCCACAACACCAUCGACGGCGUUUUGUCAUGCUUGCUUCGCUUCGGUGCUUCUGACGGUGAUGGAGGAAUUCUCGGUCGCGUUAAAGGAUACGUGGGGAUGACGGAGGAACAAAAGCGACUCGUACUUCACCGUCACCUUCUCGUCUGGGUCUUCGGCUACAACGAUUUCGCCAGCUUCCGAGACCUCAUGGAUAGGACCCCAGCGCGGUACACGGAACUUGCUCAGUACCUCGACAACAUCAUCUUCAACCAGGGGGCGACCCUUGCCGACAUCACCCGCGUGAUGCACGGCGGUUUAGAAGGUAUUUCAACAUUGCCUGUCGGCGACACGUGCCAAACGGACCCAAACCAUCGUCAUGCCAAGGAGUGCUUGCCGACCGCGCCGCCAACCAACUGUUUUCCGCGGGACGGGGAAGAUCGGUGUCCUGUUCACGACCAGGCCUACGCCCGUCUCAUGUAUCUCGACCUUGCCGGGAUCACGCCUGGAGCUAACCUGCACAAGUGUAACGCCACCUGCACCAAGUACAACCAUCUGAACUCCUGCAGCGCCGAUAUUCGUCGUCUGCACAGCCACAUCAACAGCUUCAACCCUGUCAUCCAGUUUGCCAUUCGGAGUAACAUGGACCUCAAGGUUUUGCUCAGAGAGAGCGACGCCAAAGGAAUCCUCUUCUACAUCUUAAACUACUGCACCAAAACUGAGCAAACCUUGGACAUUUUGCUGCCCCUUCUUGUGCCAGUAGUGGAACGGAUCCGAGACGAGGCCGACAGAGUGGACGACAAGGAACUUGCGGUGCGCCUUGUGCGAUCUUACCUCUGCAAACAGCUAUCCAGUCUUAACAUUGGCGGGCCGGCGGCUGCUAGCAAGGUACUCGACAUGCCGGACCACAAGAUCUCCCACCACCCCGUGCCAUGCCCAAUGUCACCGUUGCUGACGUGGGCAUGUUCAAGAGAUGGCCCUUUGGAUGGUGACACCAGCCGUCCAGACGAUGGGAGCGACAGCGACACGGAAGACGCUAUGGACAGUGAUGUCAUCAUCACACCAUUCAAAGGGAAGCUAACGGUGGCGCAACGUGCGUACUUGCUGUACCGCAAUCGUUGCCAUCCUGAUGACACCGGCCGCGUACUUCACGGGAUGUCUUACGUCUUUUGGCACAAGCUUGUCCGCGUAGUACGGUACGACCCGCUGGACAACAGACAACCGAACCUCGCGCAGUCUUCCGAUGCGUCCGACACUGACUCCGACUGCGACACCGUGCAGCCGGGCGACCCCGUUAGCCCCUCCGGAAGACGUGCAUCUGCCCGGACGGGGAGACCCCGCGCGUGUCGGUACGACUUCGUUGGAGAGUACAAGCACAAGUGGCAACAGGUUCUGCGGGAGAAACCGGCGAUGGUCAACAUCAUGCGAGACAUACCGCGCAAGGACACUCAACCCGUCGCGCACUGCCGUCUUCUGCUCUGCAUGUACAUUCCAUUCUUUACUUUGGACGACAUCAAGACCACCGGGAUGCUGGCUCAGAAGUUGGCCGCAGCAGAAGAGACCGCGAAGCGGGAAGCCCAAAAUGCUUCUUUCACCGCGUCACCGGAUAAACAGCAGGAUAACAGCGAUAAAGCCGAGGUCCACUUGUGUGACUACGGGGAUGAUGAGCCUGGCCGAAGCGUUAUCCCAACUUCUGCGCGUCGGUUGCAGACGGAAUUUUUCGUUAACGAUGCCUUGAGAUCUUUCCUUGCGGCUGGUUUUAGCGGAGACGACUCCUUGCCGGAUACUGCAUUUCCUUUGCGGAGCGGCCGGACACGCCAACAGACUAUGGAAGACGCUUCGCAUAUCGUCCUUGACACCGACGUAGCGGCAUCGACGCUAUUUGUGGCACGGCAGGAGUCUUCACUACAGCAAAAGUCGACUUCUUGCGCGGCGUCAAUGGCCGACGACGCACAGCCUGUUUCAUCACCGUCGUACUCUACCGGUACCGACUGUGGCCCACCGGUUCAGCCGUACCUUAUCCGAUUGAGAGCAGCUUCCCACGAAGGCCUAUCGGACGAAGCACGGGGAGAACGGGACGCCAGGCGUGUAGCGACGAACGCUGCUGUUGCUCAAACUGACGUCGGGCGUACUUCAAAAUUGCAACAUUCUGUCGCCGUCAGCAUUGCGCAAGAGUUCGGCCUCAACCGAAGGCAGAGGCUGGCCUUCUUCAUCUUCGCUAACGGGCUGCUCGCUCAAAGUCGUCCCAAUCCACCCGAGGCACUUCGCAUAUACAUCGGUGGAGGGGCUGGGACGGGCAAGAGCCACGUCCUUAAGGCCAUCAAAGCUUUCAUCGAGUGCCCAGCAAUCGCAGCAGAAGUACCGCGCGGACGAUUGCUCACGGUGGCUUAUCAAGGAAAGCAAGCAGCUAGUGUCGGUGGAACUACCGUUCACUCUGUCUGCUCCACGGGUAGUCGGGACGGCGGGAACCUCUCUGGCGAUCAUGACGAUCAGAGUUCUCUGCCCGACGCGAAGGCCAUGCACUGGAAGGGUGUCUCUGUGCUUGCCAUGGAAGAAGUAAGCAUGGUCGGGUGCAACCUUCUCGUUCAGCUUCACAAGGCCGCGUGCUCCAUGUUCCCCCUCCACAAGGCCAAACCAUUCGGGAACAGGGUCGUCGUCAUGCUCGGCGACUUCCAUCAAUUGAGCCCGGUCAAAGCCAAAUCACUCGCGUGUGGUGCCGGAGUCUCCACUCGCCGUCGUGACAUGACCGUUACCCGACGGUAUGGUGCUGAUCUCUUCAGAAGCGCCAAUGCUUGUGUCAUGCUUGAUGAGUCCAACCGUUUCACGCCCAUCUACGCGCCCAUAAUGGAGCGUUGUCUUCGUUCGGAAUGCAUCUCCGAUGACGUCGACCUCAUCAACAGCCAUGUCAUGCGCACCAGCCGCAAGGCAGACUCCCUGUUCGACGCGCGCGUCAUCGCCUUCCGCAACAAGGUUAACACCGUCUUGACUGUGCCGAUGAUGCGCCAGCCCAUGACAUAUACGUGGGGCACCAACGACCGGGCGCCGCCGCGGAGCCAGGGCCAAACCAUGCCAAAGAUCAUCCUCGACAUUCGCCGCCCUCCGGGACAUGCUGUGGACUGCGCCGCCGUCUACGUUGCCCUUUCGCGUGCGACCGGUCUUGACGAUUUGAACCUUCUUUUCCCUGUAACCCUCCAAGAUCUCAACCAGCCUCAGAAUCCAGACAUCGUCGCCAUCGUCAACUACCUGCACCGUCUGGACGAGGCUACUAUGAUGAUUUUCCUCAAAGACCCGGGGUCUUUCACCCCUGCCUACGCCACCUUGGACGACAUCGGAGAAGCCGGCCCACGGCCGCCCAACAAACAACCAAAACGCAUUGGUCGCCACGGUCCAGGUGCGACCGGAAGAGUCGCCCACCUCAUCCCCAACGAGGGCAACAAUUGCUUCUUCAAUUCUGCGCUCGCUUUGGCACUCGCGGCCUGGGAUGGUCAGCCGCUUCCAGAUACUACAGCCGGCACCCCUGCUGCCGGGUCUUUCUUUGCGGCUUUGCAGUUACUGAGAGACUCCAUGUUCGACGAGUGCGACCUGUCGCCGAAUAUCGUGCUGAUCCAGCCGCGGCCGACGCGGGACUCGAAAACGUCAGGACCGUGA